GCAGCCCGUUGAAGACAUAACUGAAGUCAUCCGGGAGCAGAGGGACGAAUUUGCAUCGGGUCUAACCCAAAAAAGAUAAGUGCAGAUGAAGCGCAGACUGGUGAUCAAAGCGGGAAGCCACGACGAGAUCUGGACAUUUUGGGGAAAUAAUUAAAAAUUAACCAAUUCGGACGUCAGAUUUGAUCAGUGCGCACGUCGAGAAAGGUUUCUCCACCUCGGUCGGGGAGACGCAUCAGGCGGAGCUGAGACUGUAUGUUUGCGAUGGGCCACAAUCAGAAGCAUCUUCCUCAACCGAAGAAGCUCAGACGGUUGAUGUACCUCGGUCAUGUCAUCACCAUCUUCUCUCUCAUCCUGCUGCUUCGGACCUACAGGCCCGACAGGACUGAUCAGGUCUGGACCGGGAACUUCAAAGGAACAUUUGAGCCACAGCCCCAAGAAGAAUCCAUUCUGACUCAAAAGUGCCAUCCAGGACAUAUGGUUCCUCAGAGACAAAAGGUGUCUCUCGUGGCAGUGAACAGGACGAAGACGCUGCUGGUGUCAGCUUAUCAGGAGCACCGCACUGGACACAAGGAGGUUCGUGUUAUUGCGGUGGUGCUGAGGAGCGAGACGGUAGCCUACCGCUGCCUCCUCUGUUGUCAGGAUCAGCUGCACAUCUCCGAAGGUGUCAGCACUAUCCACGCGGAUCACUUUGACUUCGCGUACGGCACGGCGGACAUCAUGUGCCCUCUCCCCGCAGGCUGUGAGACCCUGUCUCACGUCGCUGUGACCACUAGCCAGGCCGAGUCCGAAGGCCUCGUAGACACACUUGACAAAGAGUUCGUGGAGGUGAAGAACCAGCAGGUUCCAGAAGAGGGGAAAAGCGACUCCUUCCCUUACAACUUCACCGUCUGCCUCUCCACCAUGUUCGAUUUCACCAACGUGCUGCAGCUGGUCCAGAGCCUGGAAAUGCUGCAGAUACUGGGGGUGAACAGGGUCGUGGUCUACAAGACCAGCUGCAGCCCCGAAACACAGCGCAUACUGGACUACUACACCCACACAGGUUUAGUGGAGGUGAUUCCCUGGUCCCUGUCCAGAUUUCUGAAUGUGUCCCGAAGCUGGCUGCCCGAACACGGUCCAGGAGACCUCCACUACUACGGCCAGAUUCCUGCUCUCUCUGACUGCCUCUACAGAUACAUGUACCGGUCCAAAUACGUGGCCCUGCAGGACAUUGACGAGCUCAUUCUGCCCCAGUCGGUCGACAGCUGGUUGGAGUUGUUGCCGCUGCUGGAGGAGAAAUAUGGAGCUGACCGGUGCUACAUGUUUGAAAAUAACGUGUUCCCCAACACCGUGGCGCUGCCUCCCCCCACCUCCCACACUCUGCCCCGCCGGGGCCGCUGCUGCCGCGGCUGGCAGGCCGUGUCCGGGGUCAACAUCCUGGCUCACCUGUACCAAGAGCCCAUUGUGGAGGAGACUCAGUUCAGCAACUUCAAGAUCAUCGUCAACCCCCGCGCCGUGUUCACACCAACCGUCCACGGACUGCUGGAAUCGGAGAAAGGCUGCUCCUGGGUAGACAGGGACAUAGCACGGCUGUACCACACAAGAGCUCCGAAACAAACCGAGCUGACACCAGACAAGCUGAUUUAUGACAGCAGACUGCUGAGCUAUAGCACCUACCUCACGCCAGCUGUCGAUACUGUGCUCAGAGAGAGUGGAUUUCUACCAGAGGACAGCGUACACUAGCCUUUGUUCGUCUGUGUGUGUGUGUGUGUGUG